UUCCGGCGCGGCGCUGUGACGUAGCCUCUGGGUGCCGAGGUGUCCGGCGGUCGGCUGGGCAAGGCGGGUUGUGGGAGAUGGCGGAGUAUCUGGCCUCCAUCUUCGGCACCGAGAAAGACAAAGUCAACUGUUCUUUUUAUUUCAAAAUUGGAGCAUGUCGUCAUGGAGACCGGUGUUCUCGACUUCACAAUAAACCAACAUUUAGCCAGACCAUUGCCCUCUUGAACAUUUACCGUAACCCUCAAAACUCUUCCCAGUCUGCUGACGGUUUGCGCUGUGCUGUGAGCGAUGUUGAAAUGCAGGAGCAUUAUGAUGAAUUCUUUGAGGAGGUCUUUACAGAAAUGGAGGAAAAAUAUGGUGAAGUAGAGGAAAUGAAUGUCUGUGAUAAUCUUGGCGAUCAUCUGGUUGGAAAUGUAUAUGUUAAGUUUCGACGUGAAGAAGAUGCAGAAAAGGCUGUGAUUGAUCUGAACAACCGCUGGUUUAAUGGACAGCCAAUUCAUGCUGAGCUCUCCCCUGUGACAGACUUCAGAGAAGCUUGCUGCCGCCAAUAUGAAAUGGGGGAGUGUACACGGGGAGGUUUCUGUAACUUUAUGCAUUUGAAACCCAUUUCUCGAGAGUUGCGACGUGAGCUGUAUGGCCGCCGCCGCAAGAAGCAUAGAUCCAGGUCAAGGUCUCGUGAGCGCCGCUCUAGAUCUAGAGAUCGUGGUCGUGGCGGAGGUGGAGGUGGCGGAGGUGGAGGUGGCGGAGGUGGAGGCCGAGAGCGUGAUAGAAGGCGGUCAAGAGAUCGUGAAAGAUCAGGCCGAUUCUGAGCCAUGCCAUUUCUACCUUGUCUGUUAAGAAAGUGUUGUAGUUACUUGACCAAACAAGUUCAUAAUGAAAUUUUU